CCUCAGUUGACCGUUUGAUAACUAAAUUGUUCAAGUGGAAAGUGUUUGCAUAUUUUUUUCCGAAAAAAAUACCUAAAAUCUUCUAACACAAUGACGACAGCAUCCGGUUCCUGGUUUCAGUGGGCUUCAGAUCAAGGAUCCUUCUGGGAGGCUGCAUCUCGACAUGGGAAUAUAAGCCGCCCAAUCGGUCCCCUGAUAAUGAUGAAUGAAGACGGCAGCGAUUAUGGCAGUGAUUUUGUCUUUUUUCGAAGAGUUUUUUCGUCCGGCUUUCUCGCCAUGUUGACUGGAAGUUUGCUGAUACUGUUUCUUCGCCACAAAAUGUCGCGAUACAAGGAUGAGAUUUCGGAUUCAAAAGAUUACAAUUCACCUAAAAUUCCUAAUAUGAAAGAUACUCGACAGUCGCUUUUCGUGUUUUAUGCGUUUAUAAAAUUUACUAUACUGUUGCCAAUCUUUUUGGCAGGAUAUUUGUGUUUCAAGUUGUAUCGCUGCUUUGUCUCGAUUGAACUAAGACGGCGGCAUGGAUCGCAUUUCAAAGGACUGUUGGAUGGAGCUGACGUUGUGUGGGCCAUUGAGAGUGACAACUCACGUGGUAUGAUAAACAUAAUGGCUUACAUUGAGGAAUCGGCUGUUGGCCUUGAAACGAACAACGAAUUUUCUACUAGCGCUGAACUUCUAUUAGUUCUACGCAAACGAAUCUCAUCUCGAUUGAUGGGAAACAUUCAACCAUAUCAGAAAAUGUUUUGGAAGCGGAAUUUGGAGCUGGGCUAUUUCUAUUGGUGUGACCGAUCGGAGCUAACAGUUGAAGAUUAUAUUCGUUAUCUGGAGUAUAUUCCGCUAGAAGAAGGUCAACAGUUUAUAAGCGAGCGGAAGCUACGAAACCUUCUGAGCGUAAUUAAUAACCGGCAUUUACCUGGAUGUCACACGUCGUCCUGGGAAAUACUUGUUGGCAGGCAACCCCUUCUAGACGAACGAAGGAAAGUUCUACGAUUUCCGAUUCUAUUCCGAGUUCAUCAUUCCCUUGGCGAUGGCGUAGCUCUGAUGAGACUACUUUUGGAAGGCAUCGCCGAUAAGGAGAUGCCAUCCCUCUGGAAGCGUUUAUCUAACUUCAAGAUGAUGAACCUGGAACACAUGCUUAAAGAACAAACUAUGCAACCGCUAAAAGAUCUAAGUCCGCUUCAAAGGAUCAUGAAGAAGUUCCCAACAGCGCAGCAAAUCCACGACUGGACCCAACGACAGUUUGUCUUGCUGUGGGCGAUAUAUCACACGCCAGCUUUUUUCGAGGAAAGUGCGGCUCGAAAAGUUGACGACAAUUGUAUACACGCGGAAGUUUUGGCAAACGAAAAAGUGGUUAGCUGGAUACACGAAGAGGAAUUCGGCAGUACCAAAUGGAUAGAAAUCAUCAAAACAACGAAACAGCAACUUCCGGGAGCCCGAUUCUCCGAUGCCUUCCUAACAGCACUCUCAAGUAGUUUACAGAAAUAUUUCGAGGGAAAACCUGCGACGGUUCCAAAAAACAUUACGGUUGUUCUUCCCACUCGGGUGGAACGAGAAUCUCGAGAAUUAAAAUUGCACAAUCGUUUCUCGGUAGCCUUGCAAACACUUCCAAUAGCUCCUGGAGUUAUGUUAUCCGAUUCUAAUCGGUACAAUAAUCUACUCGAGCGCUUGAACACAGUUAAAACUCAUACGGACAUUCUACGAUCGUCUCCAGAUUACCUGAUCAACUAUUGGAUAAUGUCAUCGGUUACUUGUUUCAUUCCGGAACCAAUAUUGCGCAAAAUCCUAAAAAGUGCACAUUGUACUCUGGCUAUCUCGAAUCUUCCGGGUCCCCAGGACAAGCCUCAAAUUCAGGGAAAGGAACUAAAAAAUCUCAGCUUUUGGAUUCCAAACAUCGGCCAAACGGCCGUUGGUCUCACACUGCUAACCUACGGCGGAAAGUUGCAGCUGGGCGUUGUAGCCGAUCGAGCUGUGAUUGCCACCGAAGACGAUGCCCACAAAAUUUUGGCGGAAACGGUGCGAGAAAUUGAACGAAUUGGCUGUGUUCUGCAAGAUGCAUAACUGCGCUAUUGACUGAAAAAUUACUGAAGAAAUUAUAAGACUGUUUCGAUUUACUACUUUGGAUUAAAAUAAAACUUUUAAAACAGGGAAACCGAAAA